ACAGUUCUCUGAGAUUCGACUAGGAGUUUGUGGAUCUGCGGAUCCUGUAAUUUUUACACGAUACAGCCGCUUUGUUUAUACGCUGAAAAAUAAUCAGCUUGGCUAUUAGCUGUAGUGUUUGUGUUUACUCGCCGAGUUCUAUAGGCAAAUCGAGUACUACGUGACGUUGUCCUAAAUAUUACGAGUUUUGACUUGACAAUAAAUUCAUUGAGAAAAAUAUUGCGAGCACGUUGAACAAGUGCAAUGCAUUUGUUUUCUCGGUGAAUCUGAAAUUGCGAAACGUCAAAAUAAAACGGAAAAUUGUAUUAUGCGCGUUCUCGAAAGAUGUGAGGGGGAUCGAGCAAUAGAUCGCAGACUACAAACAAAAACGCAAGUCUCACGGCGAGCGUCAGUAAGCAAUUGGGAUGAUCCGCAAUGACGCUACCAGUGUCGAACUACGAAGACCUGCUAGACCAGGUGCAGAAGCUCACUCAAGAGACGAUUCUCUUGCAGGAGCAACUUUCGGCGGACCUGAUUGGCGCGCCGGAUGACUCGGCCGACGUUAACCACAACCUCGCGCUCAUCCAGAAGAAUUACGAGAGAGGUAUCGAGCUGGCCGACAGCGUGCUCGAGCGAUGCGAGCAAACGGAGCUCUGCCAGACGAGCCAGGCGUCCUCGUUGUCCGCCCCGAACAUUGCCAGCUUGCCACAGCGAAGAUCCGAGGGUUACAGCGUCGGUUUGAAAAUCCCACCGGGUGAUCCCUACUCGCGUCUCAAUGUCUGGCGAAACAAGAACCGACAUCUCUUUUCUCAGGAUCAGCAGUCUGGCAGUCCGAGUCAUCAAGACGCAUGGGAACGACGACGUCCCUUGUCAUUACACGGCCCACGAGAAGAAUUACUCUUCGGUCCUGGUGCAUCGUGGGCAAGUCACAAUCCACCUCCAAGUCUAUCAGACUCGUGCCUCGGACCACCUCCGGCGAGCUCCUCUUCGCUUCAGUCGCUCCACCGUCCUUCCGCCGAACAAACCGAGCAGAUUCCUUCGCUGCUCAGGCCUACGUCUUCCGGCAUCUCCACGCCUGAUUCAUAUGCCAAAAGCACUCAUAGCUAUGAGCUCGAUGAAAGCAGCACUGAAGAUGAUAGUCGUCCAAGUUCUUCCUUGCAAGCCCAAAGGCUGCCAAAGCCACCUAAUGUUUGGCCAGUAAAAAGAGAUUCAUGGGGUUCAACUCAAUCUGUAGAGCUACCUGCUCCACAAAUUGGAUCUGUAACGCAGAAGGACUUACCAAAUGCCAUGAGCAUGUCUUCAACAGCUGGAAUGAAUAUCUCAUCUAGCAUACAGGGUCAGCGACGCUUGGGUGCUAAAAUGGAUGUGGUUUACAGUUUACUGAGCAUGCUGGGUAGUACAGAGGGUCGAGAUGACAUGAGUGCCACUCUGCUGUCAAUGAGUAACUCAGUUGACAGCUGCUUAGUCAUGAGGCAGUCAGGUUGCCUGCCACUUCUUAUUCAAUUAAUUCAUGCACCAGGCCAAGACCCCGAAACUCGGGAACGAGCCUCCAGGGCACUAUACAACAUCGUCCAUGCGAGGGGAGAUGAGAAAUCAAGCAGACGUGAGGCACGAGUUUUGAGGCUACUGGAACAAAUCAGAGAUUACUGUCAGAUGCUAAGGAAUUCAUUGGAGACUAUGCCGCUUACCGACGACGAGACUGAUAGGCAUCCAGGAGCAACGAUUGCCGCUUUGAUGAAACUCUCCUUUGAUGAGUCUCAUCGACAUGCUAUGUGUCUCCUGGGUGGAUUGCACGCUGUAGCCGAGCUCAUUGAAAUGGAUCAUAUAGCUCACGGAAGCGAAUGUGAAGAUCCAAAUUGCAUUACGCUUAGGCGCUACGGCGGGAUGGCAUUGACGAAUUUGACCUUCGGGGAUAGUAAUAAUAAGGCGCUCUUGUGUUCGUUCCGCCAGUUUAUGAAAGCAUUGGUUUCUCAGCUUCGAAGUUCAAGCGAUGACUUGAGGCAAGUCACCGCAAGUGUUCUACGUAAUCUUUCAUGGAGAGCAGAUAGCAGUAGCAAGCAAACUCUUCGUGAAGUGGCUGCCGUGGCGGGCCUAAUGAAAGCUGCAAUGGAAGGUCGCAAAGAGUCCACCCUCAAGUCCAUACUCUCUGCUCUAUGGAAUCUUUCGGCUCACUGCACCACUAACAAAAUGGACAUCUGCGCCGUCGAAGGCUCGUUAGCUUUUCUAGUCGAUAUGCUAAGUUACAACGCACCUUCUAAGACUCUUGCAAUCGUCGAGAAUGCUGGUGGUAUUCUUAGGAACAUAUCCAGUCAUAUCGCUGUUAGAGAUGAUUACAGGGCUAUUGUCCGCGAGCGUGGCUGUUUGCAGGUGUUACUUCGACAGUUGAGAUCGCCAAGCUUGACAGUUGUGAGCAAUGCCUGUGGAGCACUCUGGAACUUGUCUGCACGUUGUCCUCAAGAUCAAAAGCUGCUUUGGGAUCUUGGCGCAGUGCCCAUGCUUCGAAGUCUUAUCCACUCCAAACAUAAGAUGAUUGCAAUGGGCUCGAGUGCAGCUUUGAAGAAUCUUCUCAGUGCACGUCCGAACGGAACUAAUAUUGUACAUCUGGACUCCACUGCCAGAGGAUUAGGUUUGCCAAGUUUGCCUAGUCUGAUGGCUCGAAAACAAAAAGCUCUUGAGCAGGAAAUCGAUCAUAACUUAGCAGAAACUUGUGACAACAUCGAACCAAGUAAUUCUCCGGUGAAUAAAGAGGACAAGUUUACUUUUCGGCUUGAACAGACUCUGCUCGAUACUCCAAUCAGAAGCGGAAAAUCGCUUCAUCAACCAGCUGUCUAUUCAACUUAUGCGAAUCAACCAGGAACUUCUGGAAUAAAAACUGGAUUUGCUCGUAGCGAUAGCAGAGAGUCCAUGCGUUCGGUUACCAGCACACAAUCGGACACGAUUUUCGAAAAAGUAAAUCGACAUGCUUCUAAUGGAGUUUCGUCUUUGGAUUUGCAAUCGACUUCAGUCCACUCGCCGAGUAAUUAUGAUUCCUCAAAAUCGAGCAAUGGACGUUCAAAAGCUUUAUCAGAAAAAAAGUAUACUUUGCGUUAUAUGAAUGCAAUUCCAGAACGUUUGAAGCCGGGCGAUCCUCUCCCAGAUUUACGAGGCUUGAAAUACACCGAUUCAACCAUAUCGUGGGCCACAGCGCCAAACCAAGAUAUUACCUGUCCAAAAGGUCUACUCCAUUCAUCAGUUGAUGAUAACUUUUCGAUAACAAACUCGGGCUCGUCAAAAAACAUAACACCGGAGUCAAGCACUUACAAUUUGUUAGGAGCAAGGGCAAAGUCAACAAUUGUUACUCAUAGUAACAUUCCCCAGAAGAACAUGAAAGUUACAUCUCCUUUAGCAGAUUCUUCAAAAGUCUUUGCCGAAAUAGCAUUGAAUCAGCAAACAGACUGUAGUCUGAAAUAUGCUUCGGAUGAUGAUAAGCAAAGCUCUGCUUACUACACUGGCACUGAUCCCGAUACUGGCAAGACUUAUUGCGCCGAGAGUACACCUUAUCAGAGUUCGUUGAACUCAUCUCGAGCUUCAUCUAUCUCUGAUGCUCACGAGGACGGCAAGGUCAAGAUGAAUUUCAGAAAACUCCGUGAACCUCAGAAGUUCUCUUAUGCCUCAAAACUUCCAACUGCUGACGCUCUUAUUGGACAAAAUCUUAAAGAUGAAUCUCAUAAAGUCUCGCGAAAUGACUCUUUACGCUCUAAUACGACUUCUAAUUCUGAGAAAACACUGAACGCUGAUGAAUACAAAUCACUAGAAAGCGACAGUGCUAUUUUUGAAGGAGAACGUAGACAGGGAGAAAAUUCAGACGUACCUAGUUUUAGUUCUCUUGGGAAUGAACUCGAAGAAGAUUUGCAAGUUGAUAAUACUCUAGUGCGAUACAAAACUAAUGCAAGCUUGAACAACAUUGACAUUCAAGAUGCAAAUGAUGACGCAUCAGACCAAACAAGUCCAUUGGCUUCGCUAGAAAACUAUGGCCAGCAGCACUUGCAAGAUGACGAAGACUUUAGCGAAAUGACACACACCAUAGAUGACUACUACACGGUACAAGACACUUAUACUGUCGGCAAAAAUGUCGAUAAAAAUCCUCAGAGUCCGUGUGACGACGACUGCACAAUAUCAACGAUGACCUUUACGUCAAUCGAUGACAAAGAUACUCGUUCCAACUGCUUGAAGAGCGGGAUCGAGACCAGCGAGACUCUCACAGAGAACAUGCAUACUGCAGUUACAUCUAACUCGGAGAGUUGUGAAUCAUUCGACUCGAUUGAAAGAUCAGAGCAUCACCUCCUUGAACUAUGCAUUCAGUCUGGAGUUUCAAAUCCAGAAGCGCUUUUAUCCACUGGAUCAAGGGUUGCAUCUAAAUCUCGUACCACAGCAGAUGUAACUGAUAACUCGACAGACACAAUGGUUACUGCAAAAGAUAGUAAGACUGUGUCUCAACAAGAAGAAGUUACUGGUAAAAAGGAGGAGGAAUAUCGAAGACAGCGAGAUCCUGACGCGAUGAUAGCUUCUCUCGAUCGGCUUACAGCUGCAUUAGUGCAACAAACAGAAGCAAUGCGAGAGCGUGAAUUCAGCGCAAUGAAGUCUAGUCUCCCAAGUGAUCAGAAUACCUGGAACGAAGACUCACCAAAUGAUUUUUCGUUUCCAAGUAUCAGCAUGAGUGCACCUCUGGUCGCCUCCUUCAAGAGCGAUGUUGAUCAAAUUACCGACGAAGGUAGUUUAGGAAACAGCAUGACCGAAUCAAGGAUCAUCGAGAUGGAAGCUAACAAACUUGCAGCUGCUGUUAGUGCUGAUGUUAAUCAAGUUAGUCUUACGCAUCUUGAUCUCGACGCCAUUAAUCCGCCCUCGAACAUGGGCAGUCUCGUAUCGCUCACUACAAGCAUUGGUGGCACCACUGACAUCGUAGAUAUUUCAGGAGAUAAGAGCCGGUGCAAUUCAAACUCGCUGCCGCCAAUGUACUCAUCAGGUGGCAGAAAGAAAUCGUUGCCAAUGUCUGGCGUUGUUGCGCGACGAGCUCUGAAUCAUGGCCAAAAUUGUACCGGUAGUUUGGAGAAUUUGCUAAACGAGUACGCCAACGCAAACAAUUCACAGCUAGAAAAUGUCAAGCCACCAUCGGUUAUGGACGAGUUGUUAGAUGUAGCUGACAUGGAGAAUAGUAUGCUGAGUGUUGCUAGUAUAACUUCGGAAAUUGCUGACUGCAAGGAGAACGAUUCUAAUAGUUUAACCGGAAGUGAUACAGUCUUCGAUUUUAUCAAACCUGUUGCCAAUGUAUUGUCUAUGACGUGUUUGCGUAACAUUGAGACAAUGGAAGGAAGUGCCAACAAUAGCUUAAGUGAAUGUCUCGAUAAUAUUAAUCCACCGUCUCUCUUCAAUGAAAUUAGCCGAAUCGAAAAUUCGACCUUGGAGACAAAUACUCAUUGCAGUGAAACUCUCUGCGCUGAUGCGGACGUUUACAGUGAAGACGCGACGCAUUGUGUGUUUGACGAGCGCAUUGAGGAAAUAGCUAAUGAUACCGACGAUGGGGUUACUCCACUUUCCAGCGAAUAUAAUAGUUCCAUGGAGUCUACUCCCAAAAAGCGGCUUUCUAAAAAUCUUCCCGGUCAUUUGACACCAAAACAAAAGCGACAACUAACCAAGGAAAGGUACAAAACAUACACUAUUGCGGCGGAACGUAUCAGAAAGGAGCAACAAGAAUUUAAAAAGCAAGAACAAGCCAAUGAAGAAGCUGUUAAAAAUUUAGGUGGCAAAUGUUCUCCAUUUACAAAGCGUACUCCCAAGCAGCGUCGUCAAGAAGAUAGAGCAAGAUUCCAAACGCAAGUGCUUGAUUCACCAACUAUUAAUACGCCAACAUUAACAAACGACGCUACAAUUGAGAAUGAGAAUACUAAAGUAAAAAGUACCGAAAAAAGUGGCAUUCCUUCCCUCGUAAAAACUGGUAUACCCAUGUUUAGGAAAUUAAAUGGAACUAACACUUACAAAAUCAAUCGAAGCACCAGUCCAGGAAAUGCAAAUGCAAAUGGUGAAUCAGACGUAAUAACAGUCGCACAGAGUGUAAAUGAAAAAAAUGUUAAUAUUUUUGUAAAAGCCAAAUUCGAGGGCGAGUGUAUGAGCUUGCCGAUUAUGGAACCGACGAGCUUGAUAAAUGGAGUAUCGAAAAAGCUUUCAAAUCAAACUCUUCCGCAAGGUGUAGAAGCUAAGCAUCAAGAAUUCUUUGCCCAGGAUAAAAAUGAGUUGGAAGAGUCGCACUCGGAAAGUGAUAAUGAUUCCGACAAAGAAGACGCUAAUCAAGUUAAGGGUCGCCCUCGAAUCGUAAAACCAGGAACUCUAUCAAGAGACUUAAGUGUGGAGUCUAACGGUUCUAUCGCGGAAAAAUCAGAGCCAGAAGCACCCAAGGGAAUACGCGGUCGAAGAAAACCUUUAUACUCCACGCCAAAUACAAGGAAGUCAACGCCUCAAUCGUCUCCUCUGAAACAAUCAACGGCAAUUGUGCAAAUUCCUAUCAGUCGUAGUAACACAUCACCUAUUGUUCGAGCCACGAGAACAUUGCAAUUGAGGCAAGUCAAUAGUUUCCAAAAGUCCAAUAGCACUCCGAAAAUGAGUGCAAAUGCCGUGCAACAACUUACCACUACGACUCCAACACAAGCUAAACGCAGCUCUAUACCACAAAAAGGGUACUCCAUGACGUUUACCAAGGCGACAAAGAGAUUGAGUAUACCCGUGACCGCAGAAAAAGUCGAAAGUUCAGUCAAACCUCUGGAGAGACAAGGCACUUUUACUAAAGACGAACCUGAAAUGGAUAACACACAUAUGGUUUUACCCAUGUCACCGUGUAAUUCCAAGCUGAUUAGGCCUAGUAGUGGAGUCUUCAAACUGUCACCAAAAACAACUCCUAUCCAGACCAAAUCAAAAAUUUCGAUGCGAACGCCACAAAAACCAACCACCCCAAAGCUCACAAAAACAACAAGCGUUGAAAAAAUCGCUACACCAACAGGUAUCCCAAGUAUAGCUAAACGUUCGUCGACGAAUCUUGGCAAUACCGGGGUGGUAAAGUCCUCGUCUAACUAUCAAAUAGUGAAUCUGCCAAAUGAAAGUGGCAUCCCACGGAAAGUUUCGCUAGGUCCACGUUCAAACAGCAAUUCCAGCAUUGUGUCCAAUUCAUCCAAUCAGGGAACGCGCAAAAUGGUCAAAGAGACUACCAGCAGGAUUGCCAGCUUAUGGAAAAAAGUAGAGGAGAAGAAAAAAAAACAGGGAUAUGAGAGACCUGACACUAGGCAAUGGAUCACGCAUAGUCGUGAUUCCACUGAAGUUGAUACCAAUGGUGAUGAAGCUUGCAAGCUGUACAGGAGUUCCACUUUUGAAGGAAUUACUAAUGACUCGGCCAACUCGCGUUAGGACUCAGGCUCAACUUCUGGGAAAAAAUCACGAAAGCAUGAAACUAAUAUUAGUAGAAAAUCUAAUUGAGGAAAGUUAACUAGUUUGUUAUUCGCCUUUGAAUAUAUUUUUUAGAGCUUUUAGUUUAGAGAAAAGCUAAAAAUUUAUGACGAUGUCUGAAUUUGCACUUUAAUAAUUUGUGAAUCAAUGAUAGCAUAAAAAAUUUAAACAUAUAUAAAAAAUAAUUGUCCACUUUUAAAUGCCGUUCUAUCAAUGGUCAUUGAAUGUAAUCCGAUUGAUGUUAAACUUUUCAAAAUGAGAUUUUCUUACUAUGAGAAAGAUCAUUAAACAGGAGGAUCUAAUACUAUUGUUCUUUUUUAUAAUUUCAAAAAAUAUGUUCUAUGAGAAAUUAUAUUUAAGAUUUGAGAUCGAUUGUUAUUUAGUUACAUUUUAUUAUUUAACAAAACUUAUUAAUACGUAUGUAAUUACAUUCAAAUUAAUUUACGGUUCUGAUUUAUAAAUUUUGGAUAAAAUUAAAUUUCUAUAUUCAUAUUUGAUUUUUCUAUUUAUGCAAUUCAACUAUUACAUGUUCAGCAAAUUCACUAUUCCAAGAUUAUAGAUUUUAUUAAGAUAUUGAAUGUAAAAAAAUAAUACAGAAUAAUUAUAUUAAGCUGCAUAAAUACAAAGCAUAUAGUUUCUAAAGACCUUGAAAUAUAUUUUUACCGAUUGAAUGUAAUAAAAGUGAUAAUCUACUUCAUUCAGCUUCGAAGUACAGAUCCAAAUCAUUUAAAAUAAAACUAAAAUCCGUAACAUGACAUCUUAAAAUUUUCACAUGCUUAAAAUGUAUAUAAGCAACGCAUGAAGUGAAUUCCCUAAGGUUGAGUCGAUCUUUUGCAUUUGAAAGCAAAUAAAUUAUCGACUGUUUAUCGAUUCUGUAUAUAAAAUCUAUACAAAAUGUGUAGAGAAAAAGUUUAGUUAUCAAUUGCAUCUUAAGCUUGCAAUCAUUGUACAUCCAAAAAUCGACUAGAGCAGAAAAGAACUCUUACAAUUUAUAAUGAAUAUCGACACGUAGUAUUUUUUGUUUUCAAGUUAGCUUUAUUUCUUUUCAAGCAUCGUACCUUGCAAAAGCAACGAGUCUUCAGUAUCUAAUUUUUGCUUUCAAAGACUGAUAAGGACAUAUUCUAGUUAAUGAUAUAAAGCUGUCUAAAAUCUAGUUUCUUUUUUAUGACAGUUUUCAGUAAUGUAAACUAAUUAAACGCGUGACUUAACUAAUUAGCAUCUGAAAAUGACUAGAUUCAUUUAAUCAAUCAAAGCAUAUAUUACAGUAAGAAAUUUUGUCUCUAGUCUAUAUUACAUUUUCAGUUAAAUAUACCAUGAAUCAAAGCAAAAGUUGUUAGUUUCUUGUCAAUGUUGCAAAUGACAAAUGAAUCAGAAAUUACUUAUAUGUUUAUUUACUAUUUCAUCUUUUUUAAUUUAUGAUCAAAACAAUUACGUAGAUCUGUGAUGUUAUUGUUAUGUAUAUAUUUACCGUAUUGUUGAAUUAUUUGGUAAUCACAAUUUCCCGCUCAAAUAAGUAUCUCGUUCAUCUCGAAAAAAAUUUCUUGGAAAAGAAAGUUCUUUGAAUCAGCGAGGUAGAAUUACCAUUUACAUGUUUAGUUUAUUUAUUUAUACUAUUACUUUGAACGUUGUUCCAACGUAUUUUGAAGUUCCCUGCAUCCAGUUCGAAUUAACUAGUGUUAAUUCGCAUAACUAGGAAUAAAUUCAGGGUAUAUACUUUGUACAUUGAUUUGUCAACAAAUAUCGUCAAAAAAUACAGACUCUCGAUGAAAACAUUUUCUGUAUAGUCAUUUUGUAAUAACUUUUAUCUUUCCCCAAUCGCCUUUAGCCUGUAAGCAUAAUAUUUUGUCAGUAAACAUUUAAGUUUGAUCAAUACUUUUGAAAUUUGUAUAUUAUCGUUUAAAAUAUAA